CUCAACUUCACAGCUGUUCACCGCAGGACAUUUUCGCUUAAACGAACGCCUUCGUAUCCAACAUACGAGAAGUCAAACUCGCCAGUAUGUCUAUGAUGGAGAUAACCCCUGCCCCCGGUCGGUUUGACGGCGAUAACGACCUCAACAACCACGCAGUUGUGACCAAGUACCGAACUGCGGCCGAUAUCGCCAAUGACGUGAUGAAGCAGGUUUUGCAGGCGACGAAUAUCGGUGUCCGUGCCGUGGAGCUUUGCAAAUUGGGCGAUAACUUAAUCCUGGAGACCACUGCGAAAAUGUACAAAAAAGGGGAGAGGGGAAUCGCCUCUCCUACGUCCGUGUCGAUCAACCACGUUGUCAGAAACUUCAGCCCGGCUGAGGAGGACACAACUGUCUUGAACGCCGGGGACCUUGUCAAAAUCGACCUGGCCGUCCACAUCGACGGUUACAUCGCCAGCCUGUCUCACAGCACGGUCCUCAGCGCGACCCCGUCAGAACCCACUACCGGGCGCCCUGCGGACGCGAUCUGCGCAGCCCACUACGGCGCUCAAGCCGUCGCGAAACUGUUAGAUCCCGAAUUGAAGACGUCGCGAGGAACAUUCACCAGCACCGUUGAGGGGAUCGCCCAGCAUUUCGGAUGCAGCGCAGUCCGCACGAACUUCACUCGUAAAGUGAAGAGAUUUGUCGCCAGCGUGCCCGGCGCCCAACUUCCAAAUUCCAUGAUUCCCGAAGGCGUCGACCUUGAGAACAUUGUGGUCCCAGACGACGAUGACGAGAUGGACUCUUGGAAUACUGAGGAAGGCGAUGAAUCUCCGCAGGUCGGAGAUGUGUGGGUGAUCGACGUUGCGGUGUCCACUGCCGCGACCGGGGCAGUCAAGCAUGUAUUGGACCACAAGCCGAUGGUUUUGAAGCGGGACGUGAAUGCUUUCUACAACCUCAAACACAAGUCUUCCCGAACAACCCUCUCGACCGUCGCCAACACCUUUUCCGUAUUCCCCUUUGCCACCCGUGCCCUCAUCGCCCUCGGCUCGUCACACAGGUUAGGGAUGCAGGAGAACCUUUCUCACAACCUCUUGGUCCCUGAGUGGCUGCAAGUUGCACCGACUGGAGAAUUCGUUGCUCGGUUUUCCAUGACCGUGAUGUUGCUGCCAUCUGGACUGCUGCAGAUCACAGCCGCGGAUUUGCCAUUGCCGUACGUGCAUUCGGCAUAUGACAUCGCAACCUCCGAGUACGCUGGACUCAUCAACGGCCGGACGAAGGUGCGACAAGUUAAGAAGAAGAUCGCGGCUUCCGCUCACUCGGCGGCAGCGAUGGAGUUGUAAAGGGGCUCGCAUCCUCUCGCUUAGAUUGUCACAUGGCGACAAGCAGUCGUGUUACUCUUACAUUCUUUCGUAGCCACCCAUCCUCACUGUACAUGUAGAUAUCUUUGCAUCAUCGUAAUUCAUAGUUUCAGA